AUGAAUGCACCUGAAAGAGCCAUCCCAGAUGGCCUUGAAACCUACCACCCUCAACAGAGCCAACACACCUCAUUGUUCAUCCAGCCCGACUCCUCUUCUUAUCAGCCCGCCCCCAGCACAGGCGCGGAGAAAUACUCCAAAUCCCAAUAUGAGAUUGGGCCAGGAGCAAAGCAAGAUCUUCACAGAAUAGGAGGACUCCGUCGACGAUGGUUCUGGUUGCUGAUUGCUCUCAUCGCGGUUGUUGUUAUUGGUGCUUCUGUUGGAGGAGCGGUGGGAGGGACACAUGCUAACAAGAGCUCUGAUUCUGGGGCUGCGUCAUCUAAAACGUCAGCCUCUUCCCAACCCUCGUCAUCAUCGUCUUCUUCCUCAACCGGCACCUCGACUGCCUACACCUCUUCAGGCACAUCAACUUCAACCUCAUCAUCAGCAUCUUCCUCUCCAACCGCAAUAACCAACUGUCCCUCCGUCAACGGCAAAACCUACACCCCAGACACCCCCUCCGGCCAGUCCGGCUCCUACACAUUCACAAAGACGUGCGGCGGCUACGACACAGACGGCACAGACGUCAUAUCCGCAAACAUAGCAACCUUCGAUGACUGUAUUAGUUUGUGCUCGACCUGGAAUUAUGUAGCUGAGUCUCUGGUGCCUAUUCAGUGUACUAGUGUCGUGUACCUGGGGGAUACGUCCUGUUAUGCGAAGAAUGGGACGAAGGCGGUCAAGUCGACUACUUAUCCUGAUGCUGCUGUUGCGUUGUUGAAUGGCUAG